UAAUCACGGAAUUACGUCAUUUCCGACAUCGGCGCUUGUUUUGAGAAGAAACAUGGACGACUCAGCGAAAACUUGUCUGUUGUUUGCGCUCUCUGAGCACAGAAAGCUCAUGAACAGAUUCAUAGUCCACGUCAAUGAAGAGUUGGAAGAACAAAAAAAGCGCACAAGGAUAGCAACAGCUGCUAUGCUCCGCUCGCCACAUAGAGUGACCCUGAAGACUGGGACGAAAUGGGAAGUCAUGCCGAACAUGGAUGACGACACUUUUUUUCAUCCUUUCAGAGUCACCAAAAGACAGUUUGAUUUUCUCCUGUUGGUGCUGCAGCAGCAGGGGCUGAAAAGGCAAAAAGCUCGAGGUCAGCCAACAGUACCUGUAAGAAUGAAGGUCUUGAUGUUUCUGUGGUACAUGGCGAACCAGAACGGCUUCAGAGACAUCUCAGAUAAAUUUGACGUCUCUGAGUCAACAGCACAUAAGUCUGUUUUGGAAGUGCUUGGCAUUUUUUCCACGCUAGGGCCAUCCUUCAUCUCCUGGCCAAAUGCAGGUAGAAAAAAAGCGUCCUCGGCUGCUUUCCACAAGCUGUGUGGCCUCGACAGAAUCAUUGGCGCAAUUGAUGGGUGCCACAUCAAGAUAAAUCGACCAAACAUAAGAGGAGGAGACUACAUGAACAGACAAUCAUUUUAUUCUGUCCUCCUUCAGGGGAUUGUUGAUGAGAAAGGGCGAUUUAUUGACAUAUUUGUUGGACCACCAGGCAAAGUUGAUGAUGCCAGAAUGUUGAGGGCUUCCAACUUUUAUGCAGACUGGCAGGAGAAAAUGGGUGAAUACAGUUUGCUUGGAGACAGUGCCUACAGUGGGCAAGCUGACCCGUUUAUCAUCACUCCAAAGUGUGAUAACGGGGCCCUCACUGAAGAUGACCAGCUCCAAAACUCCAGAAUCAGCUCUGGGAGGGUGGUCAUAGACCAAGCAUUUGGAAGGAUGAAGUGCAAGUGGAGGCGAGUGAGAGACUUGCAGAACACCCGCCUUGAAAAUGUGGUGAUGAUUAUUAUGGCAGCCUGUUUCCUCCACAACAUGUGUAUAGGUGACAAUGAAAUGUGUGAGGAGCACCCACAAGGCUGUCCAAGACAGGCAGAUGACAAUGUUUAGGCCUGGUCUACAUUUGUAUCAUGUCUGUUUAUUUUAUGCACAGUUGAUAAUACAAUUAAAAGCAUUAUUAUGUAAAUGUGCUGUGUAUGGAUUUGCAUGCUACAUUCAUUAAUUUGAUUUGCUUAUUACAUGAUUACCCUUGCCACAAUGAAGUUUGAACCUGAGGGGUAACUCGAUAAACCAGGCUUUUUCCAUCAAUUUUGGUUCCACAAAUGAAGUUAAUCGUAAACCCUGCUGAGUUACUAUGGCACCAUCUGUAUUUGAGACGAUCCCGCUCCAUGUCCAGUUAGUUUUGAAGCUUUAGCUUAACUUGAUAAAUUCUUUUGGCCAUGCCUGGUGCUUUUGUAGUCCCGUCGGGCGCUAACAGUUCUCAUUGACAUUUGAAGAGCAACAGCUUACCAUUUUGUCAAGAAUGACUGAAAAUGACAUUAUUUGGUAAUCUGGGUACAUCAUUUCACUGGCUUAGUCCUUUACAUUCAUCCUCAGUAACAGAUUUAUAAGAUUAUUUAUUUGUAGCAUACUUAUUCAUGGCAUCAAUAAAUCACAUUUCAAUAACAAGAAUUUAAUAAAACAAAACAAAAAAAAACUUCUCCAAAUCCAGUAUCAACAUAUCCUAAUUGUAUGCAGACACAGCAGACUGAGUAAAAUCGACUACACAAUAAGAUGUUGGCCGGAGUAACAUCCUACAAUUAAUUUCUUACAGCAAUAACAAGGUUUAGGAAAAUGUGCAAUAUUUUCCAAAUUCAGAAUCAAUCUCUUCUAAAAGUAAUUUAACAACAGCUUAACACAGCGGAAAAAUACCAUCAGUCUCUAAAAUUAUAUAAACACAAUGUGCAGAAUAAAAAUCUGUACUUAAAUUAA